CUCAGCUCCGCACACACAUUUCACUACUACGAAACGGCGUUCUUCGCAUGUUAAAAUUUACAAAUAAUUAAAAUAGAGAGUUCCUAUCCUGGUCAUUGUUUUGUCAUUUACUGAAAAAGUUCCUCCACAUUACAAUGGGUUUGCUGAAACUGUUACGAAGCCUUAAGGCAGAUCAGACAAAUGAUCUACGAGUUCUUCUCUUGGGUUUGGACAACGCUGGUAAGACUACAAUCCUGAAGGCAUUGGCGAGUGAAGAUAUCACCCACAUUAAUCCCACACAAGGCUUCAACGUCAAGAGUGUGAGGUGUUGUAAUUGGAAUCUCACAGUCUGGGACAUCGGAGGACAAAAGACCAUUCGUCAGUUCUGGAGGAAUUAUUACGAGAACACAUCAGUACUUAUCUAUGUCAUUGAUAGCUCAGAUGUUGAGAGAAUCGAAGAGGCAUCUCUUGAGUUAAAUAAUUUGCUGGAAGACGAGAAGUUACACAAUGUUCCAGUAUUGAUCUAUGCUAACAAACAAGACUUAGCACUAGCCGCCCACCCAAGUGAAAUAUCCGAUAUGAUGGACCUCACUAAAAUCAGACACAGAGCUUGGCAGAUUCAGGCCUGUUCCGCAUCAAGAGGUGAAGGAUUAACGGAUGGUAUCGACUGGGUAAUAAAACAAACACAGACAAAGAAAAAGUAAUAUUUCCAAGAAGUAGUUCUUCUCAGAGACUGAGCGUGUCUCGUUAAACUCGAGACAUUCCUUGAGACAUCCUUUGUGAAUGGUUAUCACCCAAGCAUCAGUGAAACUACUGUCUAGCAGCGUGAGUACCAGCUGAUACAGUCGUGUCAAACUUUGAAGUUAGUCACCAGUUUAUCAUCUCAACCUGUCGGUAAAUUACUCAGAGUUUCAGGCUAGAUGCUUAAUUUGAAAAGAUUUUUAUAAAACUCAUAAACCCAAUCAUCCCCAUGAGUAAAAACUUGCAGAGUUUUCCCUUCCACAAGUCCGCUGGCCAAUUGCCACUGUUAAAACAACCAAGGACCAGUCAGAACUUUGUCCAACUAGUCCGGCUGGCUAGUUGAUUACUUGCCACUGCUCAUGUAAACCACUGAUUGUCUAUAUUGCUUCAAAUCACCAAUCACACAGUCUCAUGCUAGAGUAAACCCCAAAAAUAUGGACCACCUGUAAAAGCUGACUAGACAAGUGAAAUGAAAAGCUCACUGGUCCUGCUUGCUAGUCACCGAAAAGGGCAAACCCUGUUAUGUAAAACAAUCAGUGUGUUUUAAAAUGAUUGAUGCAUGAAUUAAAGGCACUGGACACUACCGGUAUUGGUAAUUAACCAAAUAAAUUGUUAGCAUAAAAACUUAAUUAGAAUAUGCAACGGAGAGCUGAUGAUCGUGUCAAACAUUGAGGUAAAUGGCUCCCUUUUGAGAAAGAGGUAAUUUCUC